UUAACCUAUAUUCAACAAUAAAUAUCCAUAGUCUGGAAUACCUCCCUAUGUUGUCAGUCUUGAUUGUUUAAUAACUGCAUUAUUGUGCAGGUGGCUGGAGCACCACAAAGGACACAUUUGUGUGGGUAGAACCAUCAUUGGAUCUGAUAGGACAGGAUCUAGUUAGAAAACAAGUGGUUUUUCGUGAGGAUUCUGCAGAGUUCAAUCAGCUCUGGUAUGCUGAUAGUAAUGACCAAGUGAGAGGAGCCAGCACCCCCCUCUGCUUUAAAACCCCAAAACACAGACUACUGCCUGGAAAACAACCAGUUGGUCAUCACAACACAGGAACAAUACAAUCCACAAUAUCUCAAAUCCAAAGAUUGUGUUUUGAAGACCAUGCGUGAACUACUUGUCUUUAAAAGGCAGCACUCUCUGUUGGGAUUGAUGAUGUUCCUCACAAGAACAUAUUAGCUAAAAUGAUCCAUAGGAGAGGAUAUGUACAUGACAUGAUGUGUGUUUCUGAAUCUAGGAACAGGUAGAGUAAAGUGAGAGAGAGAAAGAAGAGCUGGUCAUGGAGAUAGAGCAACUGAAAGAGCAACAUGAGACUCUGAGAAGUGUCCUGAAGGAGCAACAGCAAGAGAUUGAUCGCCUCAAGUCUCUGACAUCUAUUCAUGAAAAAUAUGAACAAGCAUUGAUCAAGAUCCAACAGCUGAAGAAGGAGCAAGAGGAGUUGAAAGGGAAGGUUGAGGUCCAAAGUGUGGAGAUUGCACAGCUGACCCCAAGGCUCAAAUCUGAGCAGGAGAACCGCAGACUGAAGGAUUACAUUCAACUUCUACAGGAGGCUCGGACACAGUUGCACCAGGAGCGGCAGGCUUCCAACAACACCCGCAGACGUGCAGAGAAAGCCGAGAGGGAACUGGAGGAGGUCUAUGAGCGCAUGGAGAGCACUUCCAUGACGUCUGCUCAGAUCAAGCAGAAGAGCAGCAAACUAGAGAUGCAACUUUUAGAGUUACGCAGAAUCAUUGAGGAGAAAGAAAACAUAGCAGAGAUGGCUAAAGUAGAAAAUGAGGAGUUGUCCAGAGAAAAUCAGGACCUCAGAAGAGAUAUUGAGAGACUUCGCAAGGAGUUCACUGACCUCCAGACUGUGUCCUUGGAGCCUCCCAGCCCUUAUGGCUCUCCAGCUGACCCCACCCCUACUGAGGAGCAGCAGCUAGAUGUAAUAUCUGAGACCCCAGACACUGCUCCAAACUCCGAGGAGUUGUCCUUGCAGUGUCGUCACUGCCAUGAGUGGUUCCCUGGCAUCACCCAGGAUGAGCUGGGGCUGCAUGAGGACAGCCACAGACUGUGUCCCUACUGCACCCUCAUCUGUGACGGAGUGGAGCAGACUAUAUUUGAAGACCACAUCUUCAGCCAUGAGGAGUUCACUGACCUCCAGGCUGCUCCAGUGUCCAUGGAGCAUCCCAGCCCUUAUGGCUCUCCAACUGACCUCACCCCCACUGAGGAGCAGCAGCUAGAUGUACUAUCUGCCUGUCUACUCUCUGGGAACCACUAUGAGACCCCAGAAACUGCUCCAAACUCCCAGGAGGAAGAGUUGUCCUUGGAGUGUCGUCACUGCCAUGAGUGGUUCCCUGGCAUCACCCAGGAUGAGCUGAGGCUGCAUGAGGACAGCCACAGACUGUGCCCCUACUGCACCCUCAUCUGUGACGGAGUGGAGCAGACUAUAUUUGAAGACCACGUCUUCAGCCAUGAGGUGUAGAGAUGCCACAUCCUCACAACCAUUUAUACAGAGAGUUGCUGAGAGUAGACUAAAUCUGAUACUCUAUGGAUGAUGCUCCUAACAACCCAUCAUACAGAGAGUUGCUGAGAGUAGACUAAAGAUGAUACUCUACGGAUGAUGCACCUAACAACCCAUCAUACAGAGAGUUGCUGAGAGUAGACUAAAUCUGAUACUCUACGGAUGAUGUUCCUAACAACCCAUCAUACAGAGAGUUGCUGAGAGUAGACUAAAGAUGAUACUCUACGGAUGAUGCUCCUAACAACCCAUCAUACAGAGAGUUGCUGAGAGUAGACUAAAUCUGAAACUCUACGGAUGAUGUUCCUAACAACCCAUCAUACAGAGAGUUGCUGAGAGUAGACUAAAGAUGAUACUCUACGGAUGAUGCUCCUAACAACCCAUCAUACAGAGAGUUGCUGAGAGUAGACUAAAGAUAAUACUCUACGGAUGAUGCUCCUUAACAACCCAUCAUACAGAGAGUUGCUGAGAGUAGACUAAAGAUAAUACUCUACGGAUGAUGUUCCUAACAACCCAUCAUACAGAGAGUUGCUGAGAGUAGACUAAAUCUGAAACUCUACGGAUGAUGUUCCUAACAACCCAUCAUACAGAGAGUUGCUGAGAGUAGACUAAAGAUGAUACUCUACGGAUGAUGCUCCUAACAACCCAUCAUACAGAGAGUUGCUGAGAGUAGACUAAAUCUGAAACUCUACGGAUGAUGUUCCUAACAACCCAUCAUACAGAGAGUUGCUGAGAGUAGACUAAAGAUGAUACUCUACGGAUGAUGUUCCUAACAACCCAUCAUACAGAGAGUUGCUGAGAGUAGACUAAAUCUCAUACUCUACGGAUGAUGUUCCUAACAACCCAUC